UUGAGAAACGCCGAUCCGAUAAACCGCCGCGGCGCGCCGUUCGCACUCGAAGUCGAAUGCGCGCGCAAUUCGAAAAAAAAAGAAAAUCCGCAGACAAAUAGAUUGGAUUCUAGUUUAUGAUUUGCUAACAAACUUCUUUCUGGAUUACGUAUACGCGGUAAAUAUGGAGAGACGCACAAUGAACGUACGAGCGAGCGACACAACAAUGCUCCAACGGAGGACAUGAGCAGUGCUAAGUGACGGACAAAGGAUCUGGUGACGUCAUACACAAUGCUAGACGACGGCGUUCGAAACUCUAUAACUAACUACACCGACCAAUUCGAUGAAUUGAAACUGAUCUCUUUGCUGAAAGACAGAGGUUAUAACCAGAGCGCUAACUUCGGGGAAGUGUUGAAGGCUUUGGAAACCUGGCGGAACGAAUAUCAGAAUGUGUCUGCGUACAACGGAUGCGAAAAGUACUGUUCUGGUGGUUUCAGGGAGCUAGUUCUGGCAUAUAAUAAUAUUCAUGGUUAUGUUAGUCUUGUGGUGUGCUUAUUCGGAAGUUUAGCGAACGCGUUGAAUGUAGCAGUACUGACUCGCAGGGACUUAGCAUCGGUACCUAUAAAUCGUCUGCUCAAGUGGUUGGCCGUGGCUGACGUGUUCGUCAUGAUGGAGUACGUGCCAUUCUCUAUCUACAGAUAUCUGCUUUUACCAGGGCAGCAGGAGUGGGCGUACUCUUGGGCGGUGUACACACUGUUCCACAUGCAUUUCACUCAGAUCUUUCACACGGCAUCCAUACUCCUUACAUUAUCUCUCGCAGUGUGGAGAUACUUGGCCAUCAAGUACCCGUCGUAUAGUGCGUCAUUAUGUACGGAUCGUCGUUGUUCGGCAGCCAUAUUUAUAAGCUUCAUACUGCCACCGGUGUUGUGUAUACCGUCUUAUUUCGUGUUCACCAUACACAAAGUCUUCACCGUGGAUAAAGAUUUUAAAGACAGCACACCAGUGAAAGUAUACUAUGUUGACUCCGAUCACAACGGUACCUUGUAUCAGAUCAAUUUCUGGGUUCAUGCAGUUCUAAUAAAGUUGUUACCUUGCGUUAUACUCACACUUAUAAGCGCUUGGCUUAUAAGAGCUUUAUACAGAGCAAAUAAUAGGAAAAAAGCAUUGAAGGGAUACAGCGCUUGCCAAAAUACCGCCAUUGUAAAUGGUAGGCGAAAUAUAUUUACUAGAAAGUCAACUAAGAGAUCAAAGGCGGAGAGACGGACAGACAGGACUACGAAGAUGUUGGUAGCUGUGUUACUACUGUUUCUGAUGACGGAGUUUCCUCAAGGAAUAUUGGGUCUUCUGAGUGGUAUUCUGGGGCGGUGUUUCUUCAAACUAUGUUACAAUCUGUUUGGAGAACUGAUGGAUGUGUUGGCUCUCCUCAAUGGGGCUAUCAAUUUCGUACUGUAUUGCUCUAUGUCUAGGCAAUUUCGUACCACAUUUGGACUCAUGAUUAGGAAAAAGUGUGCUGCCACUCCAAGAGCUACUUCUCACACUGAAUUACAAACGACUUAUGUUUAAGUGAGAUUUGAGUGCAAAGUGAAUAACGAUGGAAAAUGCCAUCAGACUUUUAAAAUAUAGCUGAUAUUUGUCUGAUGAUUUGUACUACAUAGUCUUGCCAUAAAUAUUGUUACAUAGAAAAUCAACAUUUUUUGUUAUUGAACGUAACAUUUAUUACUAUUAUAGUAUGUUAGUUUAAUACGUUAAUAUAAAGCCAUUAAAAACAUAUCUAGCUUAGUUGAAGUGGUCUUCAUUAGCUGUAAUACAGUUCUUUAAAAGUGGAGAACAGUUGUCAAUAGACGUACGCACUCGUUCCAUGGGAAAACUCUUAACUGCCAAUCGUAUGGAUUGUUUAGGGACUCUUUAUUAUCAUGGCGUUUAAAGCAAGCAUUACUUUCUAAAACUGACCAUAAAUCAUAAUCCAGCGGAUUAAGAUCUGGACUAGAUGACGGCCAGUCCUAAGCUUUGAUGAAAUCCGGAACAUUCGUUUCUAUACAAGAAGUCGGAUAAUGCACGUUACACUCUGUUGAGUAAUCGUGAUCGUUUCAUUCGUCAUUUUGUUUGUUAAAAUAUUGCAUAAAGUGACCAGUGCGUCUCUAAUAGGCUCAAGUCCUAAGUCAUCUUUCAAAAUACAGGACAUGGGUCUAGGUGCUAUCUUCAUCUCCCGAUAUAAAUCUUUUGCUUUCCCACAGAUUUUUUUCGAAUUCUUUCCCUUACUGCUUUGAUUGCCUUUUUUACACGAACACUGCGUUGAUGGUCAGAUCUUUUCCUAUCACAAACAGAGGAGGUUUGAUUGUAACUAUCAAUACCCCGGUAAACAAAUAUUUGAUGAAUACUAAGCGUAUGGAGCCUUUUGAAAAUUGUGUUUGGCUCCAUACCUUUAAUAUAAUGUAAUCAGUGAUGCGGAUCUUUUAUUACAAAAUGUUUUAUUAUCUAUUGGCACGAAAAUAAUAAAAGACAGUGAACAAUCACAUAAAAAUGACAAAUUCUAAAUUCCAAAGAAAUAUUUUGUUUAUUUUUAAUUCUAACAGUAUUUAUGACUAGACUAAAAAUAAAGUGUUAUUAUUAUGUUAAAAUGUAAUUGUCAAUUGAAUAACCGACGUGGAAUGUCUAAUAACGAAUUGAAUUAACAAUAAUUUACAAUAUUAAUGCUAAGAUUACUUAAGAAACUGUUAAAUAAUAAGUACUUUUUUUUGUAAAAAAGCAAAUUUAUUUAUGAUUAGGUUAAAAUUAAUUUAUAUUGUUUAAUUUAACGAAAUAUU